AUGCGUGCUGUGUUGCAGCGCGUCAAGCAGGCAUCCGUGCACGUGGAUGGAAAGCUUGUAUCUAGCAUUGGUCCCGGCAUACUUGCGCUUAUCGGUGUAUCCCAGGAGGAUACGCCGGAGCAAAUAGAUACUCUUGUUCGCAAAAUGCUUACCAUUCGGCUCUGGCCUGAGGGCGCGCUUGCCAACGGUGCAGCCAGCAGCGGGCCUGAGACAAGGCUGUGGCGCGCCAACGUUGCCGAAUUUGGCGGCGAGAUAUUGUGUGUAUCGCAAUUUACGCUGCAUGCAAAAUUAAAAGGCACACGCCCCGACUUUCACGCUGCGAUGGGCGGCGAGCAGGCGAGAGUAUUUUACGAUGCGAUCCUUUCCAAGCUCCAAAAAGAAUACAUUGCAGACAAAAUCCAGGAUGGUGAAUUUGGCGCAAUGAUGGACGUUGCUUUGAUCAAUGACGGCCCGGUUACGAUCGCACUCGACACGUUGGAAAAGAAAUAG